UGUCAAAUUCCAUUAAAACUGAACUGGAACCAAUGUUUUUGCCCUUCGUUUCAUAAUUUGCACUUCACACAUUGACUGAUUAGUUUUUAUUUAGUACCUCGCACUUCGCAGGUAUUCUGUACAGCUGUGAACGAAGUGUAUAUCCUUAAGUUUAAGAGAAUACAAACGCUCCCAGUUAUUUGCACAAAAUGCCAAAGAAAUUCACUGGAGAGAAUAGCAAAGCUGUAGCAGCUCGACAGCGCAAAGAAAAUGCUAAACUGGAAAAAGAUCAAAAAACAAAGAAAGCUGUAGAGGAUGCAGAAUGGGAAGAUAAUGAUGAUAAACUUAAGAAGAAACAACAGAAAAAGGAAGAGCAAGAAAAAAAACGUUUAGAUCAAUUACAAAAGAAAGCUGAAGCAAAGGCACUGCUUGAAAAGGAAUUGGAAUCUAUUAAAAGUACCACCAAGACUGCACCACCUCCUCCAAAAAUCACCAGAGCACAGAUUUCUCAAGCCAAGGAGAAGAUGGCUAAGCCUGAAACUGCUAAGCCUGUGCCCUCAAAGGUUGUCAUUGAAGAACCUCCCUUAGAAGAAAAUCUAAACAGGAUACAGUUAGAUGGUGAAUUAGCACAGACUGUUGAUGAAGCUCUCGCGAUACUCAGUGAUAAGCCGGAAGUAGAUAGACAUCCUGAAAAACGACUUAAAGCAGCCUUCACAGCCUUUGAACAAAUCAAUCUGCCACGUCUUAAAGCCGAGAACCCUUCGCUCAGGCUUUCUCAGCUCAAAGAACUGCUAAAGAAAGAAUGGCACAAAUCACCACAGAACCCCCUCAAUCAAAGGGUCUGAACUAAUGAGACUGUUAUUAAAUUCAUUUUCACUAAGAUGUCAGUAAUAAGAAAUGUAUGACUGUUCAUAGAACAUCAUAUCAGUAUUGGUAUUUGAUGAUACUAACCUUUGUGCAAUAAACUUGGGAAAUAUCAGUUACAAAAUAAAUUCAUACUAUUGAAAUGGC